ACAUCCGCAACGCUCGUUUCAACACAUCCACGUCUCCCAAACCUUUGCUCGUUAUCGCUGCGCGUUCUGAGUGCCACGUCCAGGCCACCGUCCUCUGCACCAAAUCUCUCAACUUCCAGCUCAAGACUCGCAGCGGCGGCCAUGACUACGACGGCGUUUCCUACAUCUCUAACCGCCCUUUCUUCGUCCUCGACAUGUCCUAUCUCCGUAACAUCACCGUUGAUAUGUCCGACGACGGCGGCUCUGCCUGGGUUGGAGCCGGCGCUACUCUCGGCGAGGUUUAUUACAACAUUUGGCAGAACAGCAAAAACUCACGGCACUCACGGGUUUCCCGCCGGAGUUUGUCCCACCGUCGGAGCAGGAGGUCACAUUAGCGGCGGAGGCUACGGCAACAUGAUCAGAAAGUACGGGCUUUCCGUUGACUACGUCACGGACGCCAAAAUCGUAGACGUGAACGGACGGAUUCUCGAUCGUAAAUCGAUGGGAGAGGAUUUGUUUUGGGCGAUUGGAGGCGGUGGUGGUGCGAGCUUCGGCGUGAUCUUAUCUUUCAAGAUCAAACUCGUGCCUGUUCCUCCGAGGGUGACUGUUUUCAGAGUGGAGAAAACCCUCGAGGAAAACGCACUUGACAUGGUCCAUAAAUGGCAGUUUGUUGCUCCCAAGACCAGCCCGGAUCUCUUCAUGAGGCUAAUGUUGCAGCCCGUGACGCGGAACACGACUCAGACGGUUCGAGCGUCGGUGGUGGCUCUGUUCUUGGGAAAACAGAGCGAUCUCAUGUCUCUGCUGACCAAAGAGUUCCCGGAGCUUGGUCUGAAGCAGGAUAAUUGCACGGAGAUGACGUGGAUACAGUCGGUGAUGUGGUGGGCCAACAACGACAACGCCACGGUGAUUAAACCGGAGAUCCUGCUGGACCGAAACCCGGAUUCGGCGUCUUUCUUGAAAAGAAAAUCGGAUUACGUGGAGACAGAGAUUAGCAAAGACGGUUUAGAUUUCCUGUUUAAGAAGUUGAUGGAGGCUGGGAAGCUAGGGCUAGUGUUCAAUCCGUACGGAGGGAAAAUGAGCGAAGUUGCUACGACGGCGACUCCAUUCCCACACAGGAAGAGGCUUUUCAAGGUCCAGCAUUCGAUGAACUGGAAAGACCCGGGCACUGAAGCUGAAAGCAGUUUCAUGGAAAAGACGAGAAGCUUCUACAGCUACAUGGCUCCUUUCGUGACCAAGAAUCCAAGACACACGUAUCUCAACUACAGGGAUCUUGAUAUCGGGAUCAACAGCCAUGGCCCGAACAGUUACAGAGAAGCUGAGGUUUACGGGAGAAAGUAUUUCGGAGAGAAUUUUGAUCGGUUGGUCAAAGUCAAAACAGCCGUGGAUCCAGAAAACUUUUUCAGAGAUGAACAGAGUAUACCUACCUUGCCUACCAAGCCAGCCUCGAGUUAGGUUUGGUAGCAGGAAGAUCUUCUCUUCCUUUUUUUCUUUGACAAAAGACCUAAAUAGUUUUAAAUCCCAGGCUGCCUUGGGAUCAUUUAUUUCCUAGCUAAUUUAUACAGCCUGUAUUUUUAUACAUGUUACGACCAACCAAGUCAGAAAAUUUUACUGCACAAAUUGCAAGAAAUACAAGAACUGGCA